AUGGAUGAAACACCAUUAUCUUUUGAUAUUCCAAGUAAUAUGACUGUAGAGGAAACUGGUGCUAGUACAGUUAGCAUACGUAAAACUGGACAUGAAAAGUCUAAUUUUACUGUUGUUCUUAGUUGUAUGGAAGAUGGUACAAAAUUACCACCAUUAAUAAUUUUUAAAUUAGUAAAUGUUCCGUUUCAAAUAUUUCCAUCAGGGGUUGUAAUUCGUGCUGAUCGUGAGGGGUAUAUGAAUUCAGAUGAAAUGAUUUGGUGGAUUGAAAAUGUUUGGAACUUACAUGCAACGCGAUCUAUUAACCCAUGCUCAUUACUUGUUCUGGAUACAUUUCGUGGUCAUUUAACAGAUGUAGUGAAACGAAGAUUUGAUGAAAAAAAUACAAAUUUAGCAGUAGUUCCUGGCGGCCUUACAAGUAAAUUACAGCCACUUGAUGUUUGUAUUAACAAAUCAUUUAAAAAUAAGUACCGAGAAUCUGAAUGGGUACAAACUUCAUGGGAAAAGUGUGAUGAGCGUAACGAUGAUGAAUAUGAUGAAUAUAAUGAAGAAAAUAAUGAAAUAAUUGAUUUAAUUAAUGAUGAAAAUGAUAAAGAAAAUAAUGAAAUAAUUGAUUUAAUUAAUGAUAAAGAAUUAUCUAAUGAUUAUAGUGAAAAUAGGUGGGUAUCUUAUGCGGCACUUUACGGUACGUAUUGUUGA